AUGGUGGUCUACAAAUGGGCCCUCGUUAAUACUAUCGUCAGCGGCUUGUUUUGCGACGUGACAUCUGGUUUUUUAUCCCCAGUGCUAAUCGAGCCGUAUUUCGGUCUUUACAGCAUCUCAUUCCUAUCGUUGAGCCCGCUGGUGAUGCACAUCACUUUUUGUCUGUAUUUCAUCAGCCUUUUCUGUAUACUCUAUGCUAUUUCGAUCACUUAUUACUACCGUAUCGGUCUGUCGUUACCUGCGGAAAAGGCCGCGUCGCUCCUCAAAUACGCUAAAAUCAUCCUGGUCACCUGCUAUUGCCUGGGCCCAUUUGGGGCCCUAACCCUGACGAUUGACUAUUUUGGGCAAUUGCCGGAGUAUACGGCCCGUAAGCUCCACGAAGACAACACCCUAUGGCCGCUACGUCAACCGCGCCUCUCCGGAAUCCUGAUCUAUUCCACCGAGACGACGUGGAUGCAACUAUUCCUCGGCGUCUUCUUCUUCCUCUCCACCGUCGGCAUCGUCUUCUACAGCUACGCGUUGCGGCUGAUGCUGCAGAGUUGGAAUAGUGUACCGGAUGGCAUCCUCCUCUCCACCCAAACGAAACAGAUGAAGCGCCAAAUGUGGCAAAUCAUCCUCUUCUGCCUCACUACAGGAUUUCCAUUGUUGUUCUACUUGGCCACAGUCCUCGGCGCACCGGCACUCCUACCCGGCGAAGUGACCAACCUUGCGCCGCUACAUCAUUGUAUACACUCCUUGUUUAACUGCCCGAUCAUCCUAUUGGUUACAAAGAACUACCGUGCGGUCGUCUUCGAAUUCCUUGGCGUCAACGCGCCCAAGUCGCAAGUGAAGUCCCAGGAAACCGCGUACACGAUUACCCCAAAAAACAUCCGCCUCAACACGAAGAACGUGGCGUUUGUGGUUGUGGUACACGACAGACACAACCUCACCGAGUACGACUUUGCCCAAAUGACGCUCAAGUGCUAUGCGGAAUCGCGGGGCAUCCCGUAUUUUCUGGUGGACAAAACAUCAGAGCAUCUGCAUGGAUGUCCGAUGGCCGAGCUAAUGUACGGACGUCACUGCCUGCUUGCAAACCUAAUGGCCGCCACCGGGCACCAGUGGUUCAUCAUGUUCGACGCGGAUAUGGGGAUCAUCAACCCCCGUCAAUCGAUCGAUCGCUGGAUCCCAGCAGACGAGGACACGUUUCUCGUGCUGACAAACCGGGUGAUGAAUUCGGAGAUCAUGGCUGGCAGCUACAUUGUCAGAAAUGACGAGCGCGGUCGGGAUUUCUUGAAUUCCUGGGCGGCCGGCGAGAAAGCGUACUCGGGGCUGAAGGGCCGUGACAACGCCGCGAUACACAGUGUCCUAAUCAGAAAAUACCUGUCCGACCACGAGGCCGAGCUGCAGCGCUGCGAAAUUUGGUGGCGAAACGCCUCGGCCUACUGUCGACUUUUCCUAUACGAAGCCUGCGCCAGGGAUCUGCUCGAUCGCCAUGGAAUCCCGGGAAUCCAGUUUCUGCCAAAAACCUACUCGUACGUGCGGGAUGGCUGGCUGACGUAUGGAAGGUUCAGCGAUGAUGAUUUUGUGUUUCACAACUGGAAGAACAGCCUGAGAAACGAUCCAGAGGCCUUUGGCGAGUGGAAGUUCCAGUUUGACGACACGGCGUUCAGCGAUCUGAGUCGGUGCGGCAGUUCCCGAUCGGCUGAACCGCUGUGGCGAUACAAGGACGGGUUCCAUGUGGGAGAUGGCGCGAUACGGAAGCGCCUGGAUUGGUGGAUCAAGGAGACGGCCACCGACAGAAAACGCCAAACCCGCCAGUAUCAGACGUUCGACUUAACCGCGGUCAUCGUCAAAGAAUGCAAA